AUGUACAACCAAAUGCUAAGCUUCACAGCACCGGGAGAAAUACCAUCACCUCGGCAUCAACCUCAACCUCGACCCAACCCCAACACACCUCUUGGACGUCCCAAAAGGCAACAAGAGGAGGUUCACAAGUCCACGUCGCCACUCAAUGAUCGUGAUAACCCUUCUCCUAAGAGAGUGAGGAUAAUCCCCCCUUCAUCCUACUACCCAGAUCCUCUGCCACCAAUCCCAAAUUCCCUGAAGACCGGAUGUCGGAUGUCUCAGAGGUUCCUACCACCAAUUAACCUCAGAGAUUGUGGCGUCAAUACAUACGUUCCUACCCAAAAGCAACAUGACCAUCACCGGGUGUAUGCAUGCACAUCAUGUGGGUCAACGGAGUCUCAUGCUGCAGUGAACCCGGAAACUCACAAGGGCGUUCUGACGGAGGUUCAACAAGCUGAAAUUAUUCUCGCCACCCUCCGCCAGCAAAAUCUGACGAUUGGUCAAUUCUUCGCAAUCAUUUUAGACCCAGAGAAUGAAGAUAAACUAACCCAAAACUCACAAUCUGCACUCGCCGCUUUUCUCCAAGGACGGACCAAGACGGGAACCCAGCCCAUCGAUGCCGUGCAACUAAUGUUUCACCAUCGGUUGAGUCAGGACAGACUGCAUGAAACUAGCACCACUUACCAUCCCCUUCCCAUAUAUGCACGACCACCUGCCGUCCCAUCAUUCCACCCGGAUAUUCCUGCAACAUGCGCGACGGCAGGUGUGAUGCUAGUCCCAGGAUUCGACAACAUAAAUGUUUGGGAUGGAGUGAGGGCUCACAAUAGUUUGAAGCAGUAUUUCCUUCGUGAAGUUCUGGAUGAGAUUAACAGUGAGAUGAAAUCCCUCGUUAAAGAAAGCACCCUCCGUGCAGAUGGUUCUAUAGCACUCACCUGGGCCAAAAUGACGACAUUCUCAUUCACACACACCCAGGAGCUGAUACAGAAGAGAGCUCCGGCGAUGUGGUCAAUCCUCACAAUGGCAGCAGUUGGCAAUGGGAACAUCGGCUGCUUGUUGUCUGUGCAAAAAGAAGCCCAGGAGGGUGCGAGAGGGCGCGGCACAAAUAACAUGAGAGACCCGUGGCUGGGAUGUACUGUGACAGCUUUAAUCCUGGUGUACUUCCGUUCUGUGAAAGCGAACAUGAUGCAGACAGUAAUUGGCAACACCCUAUUCAAACUAUUCACAACUAGUGCUCACCGGUCAGUCCAUGCCAUGCUGGGUCGCAUGGGUAUCGCAACGGCAUACAGCAGUACCAUUGGACGACUCCACAGUCUCGGAUUAGAUAAGAAAGCAACAUUGAAAGCAAUAGGGUGCGCGGUUGUUGCAGGAAAAGUUCAGAUUCACCUCCUUUAUGACAACAUCAAUCAGUACCACCGGGCAUGGAGAGCCAACUUGACGACUCAGAGUGCGCUGGAAAGCGGGAUGGCAGCAAUGGUCAUUGUAAAUCCGGAUGUGGAUCCAAAAGCGUUCGAUGGCCCAGGGUAUUACCAACGGAAAGCUGAGGCUACAGGAAAGGGAGAACUCACAUUCGAGAAGCUCAAGUUGGACCUUGAUGCCAACCAAUUGGAAGGCACUGCAAUCGCAAAUAUCCUAAGGAUUCUCACCAAAUACAUCCCUGAGUUGGCACGAUUCAAGCGGGAUGUCGACGAUUUCCAAUACAAGAAGCAUGCAAAGCACCGCAUCAAGCUGGAGAAGACAGAGUAUCAUCCACUAGAGUGCUUGGGCUUUAAUGAGGCCUACACUCAGGGAAACCGCGAUGUCAUUCUUGAAGCAUUUGUCCGUCAGUUAGGAGUCAGCCGCAAGGAAUUGGAAGGGAGGCAGUUUCCGGUGUCCGGCGAUCAAUCUACCAUUGCAUGCAUUCGCACGUUGCUUGCACAAACAUCGACAUGCCGCACCUGGUUUACCUCUCAUAAAUGGGUCCUUCCAGUCAUCGAACUUUGGCACAUGAAAUGGACAUUUCUGAAGGGUAUUUACAAAGCGCACUGGGCAUCUAAAGUCGGCAAAGGCGAUAUCGGUCUUCGCUUUGCAGCUGAUCGACUGGGGCGCAAGAUUAACCCUGAUAAAGUCGACUUCUAUCCAGGUUUACGGCUUGCUGAGGUUGUUCUAAUCACCAUGACUCUCCAUUUUUCCAGGCUCCACCUCUUGGAAGAACUGAGGACUUACUGUAAGCCUGGAUUCCCCUUGCACAAGUGUGGUUUCUCGUUUCUCCUUCAGCUUGCGCGUACCAUAUAUACAACCUACGGAACUACUGAGGCCGCGACAUACGCUCAACAUCAUAAUACCAGCACUGCCAAAGGGUUUUUUAGUGUGCGUGUGCCCAAUGUCCCCACCCCCAACCCCAGUUCCUUCCCCCAAUCGUCACCUUCGGACCCUGAUCUUGACCAUGGGCUUUCCAUUACAAGCGCCAAUGACGAUGACAACGAUCACAACACAGAUAGGUUGGGCAACGGCGCUGGUGCGCCACUUCCUAGCCCAGCCUCUGUUCUGCCUCAGCGCCGGACAGACCUCAACAAUGCAAGUGAGGAUGUGCAGCCUGCCCCUUCAGCUGACAAUCCCGAAGGCGACACACUUCUUUAUAACAACAUUCUCCUUUAUCGCGAUCUCUUGCAUCUUUAUGAGUUCAAUACAAGCGUACAUGAUGGCGACAUUGGCCGGACAUAUGAAAUCAUCAAGUGGCUCCGCUUUUAUUUUUUUGGGGUUGGUUCCCCAAACUAUGGUAAUGAACUUCUUCACCAAUUCCACGAGCGCGAUCUUCUUCAAGAGCACCUCAACUUUUGGCUGAAGCGUGUUUUCAAUGGGCAGAAGAACGCGUUUGACUCAAGUUUUCUAUGGGAAGCUGUAUCUCUAAACAUCCUCGAUCUCCCUAUCUUCAAUAUUCACUGCACCAAUAUUCUCCUGGCCGCAACCAAACAACGAUUUCCCUAG